AUGCAACAAGAAAAACCACCAGCAGGGGUUGGAUAGAAAAACAUACAAACCCAACCACGAGAAGAGGAGACAGCACAGCGACUGAAACAAAAAACCCGAAAGCACAGCAAAAGAGAAACAGAAGCGUUCGCGGGAAAAAGGAGCCCGAAACCCACAGCAAGGGAAGGUAAGUAGAAAAACUCCUGAACGGAGAAACCACCCAAAACACGAGAAACCACGCUGCAAGGAUGCCGAUGGAGUGCGACCAUGGCGCUACAGCAGGGUAAGUAACUUACGGCACCGUGGAGCCGAGAAGACGGACGGCUUAGAGCCACAGGAGAGCCGGAGCUGGGACGACACAGAAGAGACACUGCAGAGGACGCUGGAACAGGCUCCACGAGGAGCAGGGACCAUAGUGAAGAAGAAAGGUGACCAGAACCAGCGUCAAGUAAUGGUAAGGAACAAACGGGACAGGUGGAGGUGAGUAGUGGACUUAAAUAG